CAUGACAUAUUCUUAUUAUUUAGAAUCAAACUAAAUUUUACCACUGGCAAACCUAGAAAUUUAAAGAAUGUAUCGGUUUAAAGUAUCAAAAUACAAGAAUGUUGCACCAAAGAUGCCUAAAAAGGAGCAAACCAUAACAGAGAUACCAUUGGGGCGAAUUAUGAAUUCAUGUGGUAAUUUUGUGACUGUAAGCGCAAAACACAUAGCCUUCAAUGUCGAAUCAGGAGUUGGUGGCUGUGCUGGUAUUUUACCAAUUAAUACUGUCGGAAGAAGAAAUCAUAAAGUACCCACCAUAUAUGCUCAUUCGGAGUUCCUUACUGACAUGGCAUUCAGUCCUUUUGAUGAUGAUCUACUUGCUACCUGUUCUCAUGAUGGAACGAUCAAACUUUGGGAUAUUCCAGAGAAUUUUGAAGAUACUCAUGAUGCGCCAUUAUUAAAAAUAACACCAGAUGAAACUACUAAGCGAGUAGAGAUUGUCAAUUUUCAUCCACUGGCUGAUGAGGUCUUAGCAUGUGCUGCAUUUGAUGCUGUUAGUAUUAUUGACUUAAACAAUGGUACUGUGGCUUAUUGUGUUGAAAACGGAAGCGAGUCCAAUUUUCAGAGUAUGUCUUGGCGAUUGAAUGGUAAAGUUAUGGCAACAAGUUGCAAAGACACCAAAAACAGAAUUAUUGACCCAAGAGCUGCGGAAAUAGUGUCUACAUUUGAUGGCUUUCCUGGAAAUAAAGAUUCACGUGUGGUAUGGUUGGGAGACACUGAUUUUAUUUUAGGAACUGGAUUUAACAAAAAACAUAAAAAAACAUUUGGCUUAUGGGAUGUACGAAACACCGGUUCAUUAAUAUUUGAAGAAGAAGAAGGUUCAGGAUCUGGAACUUUAAUGCCCUUCCAUGACGUUGACACAAAUAUGAUUAUCAUGGCUGGAAAGGGUGAUGGAUAUGCUUCAUUGUUUGAAUUUAACGAAUCCAAUAAAAAUAUGACAUUGUCAUCAACACACUCCUUAGGUCAACAAACAUUUGGAAUGGGUAGGGCUCCAAAAAGAAUUUUAAAUGUGAUGGAGGGAGAAGUGGAGCGCUUCUUUCAGUUAUCCAAGAAUGCUAUUACACCUCUACCUUACAUCAUACCAAGAAAGUCUUAUCGGGAAUUUCAUGCUGACCUUUUCCCGGAUACUGUGUAUUCUGGCCAAGCAUCAAUGGAUUCUGCUGUAUGGUUUUCUGGUGAAAACAAGGAGGUUAUUAAAUUGAGCCUUGAUCCAAAAAUUGGCAGCUUAAAACCAAUUGUUCGUGGUUUAAAAGUGACAGGCAAAAAAUCGUCACUUGAUGUUACCACAGAAGCUGUCCAUCAAUCAACUACAUCCGAAACAAAUAUUACUGAAAAUAAAGAGGAGGAAAAAAAAGAAAACGUUAUUGAAAAGGAAUCUAAAAAAGAAUCUCUAACACAACAUGAACCAUCUACAGUUGCAAAAAAGAAGCCUAUUGUUAAAGGUGGUGGACUAAAGAAAAGUGCAAUCUUCCAGGGUGUUCAUCAAUCAAAAUUUAAACAUUUAAAAUGUGAUGUUUUACACAAAUCUAAAAACAUUGAAAACAUUAAAAAUUUAUCAGAAUCUCUACCUUCAGAAAGUGAUGGCUUUCAAGUGUAUGAGGAUUUUGUGUUGUUACCUUUGUCUGGUGCAGGUGGACAGAUUGCUGUGUGCCAGUUGACAAAACCUGGAAGACUUCCUGAGUGUGAUUUACCAGUGUUACAAAACAGCUGUGGAGUUUUAGAUGUUGCCAUGGAUCCAUUUAAUAACCGAAAUAUUGCUGUCGGCUGUGAAGAUUAUCAUAUUCGAUUGUGGGAAAUACCAGAAAAUGGUUUAACUGAGAUUCUCACUACGCCUAAGGCGAUUUUAAAAGGACAUCAGCAAAGAGUGACAAUUGUGAAGUAUCAUCCUACUGCAAGCGAAAUCCUUGUGUCUGCAGCUUUAGAUUUUACAGUGAGGGUGUGGGAUUUAAGUGAUUUUUCAGAGAUUGGUGCACUGGAGGGACAUAAUGAUCAGAUUUUAUGUCUAUCGUGGCAUCCUGAUGGAAAAUAUUUAGCUACUUAUUGUAGAGAUAAACAGAUUCGAAUUUAUGAUCCUGUAAAUGACGUGGAACCGAUAAAGGAAGGAACUGGUCCUGUUGUCACGCGCGGUGCUAGAGUGACAUGGUGUGGACCCAAAAAUAAUUGGCUUGUUGUGUCAACAGUUUCUGGAUCUGGCCGAAGUCUGUUUGUAUAUAACGAAGAUUUGAAGUUACUUACUAACACUGACAAUUUAGAUACUUCUCCAUCAGUACUUAGUCUCCAUUACGAUGAAGCUAGUUGUACUUUAUUUGCAACUGGGAAGGGUGAUAGUGUUAUAUACGCUUUUGAAGUGCACGAGAAGGAGCCCUAUUUUCACCCUUUGUCGCAUGUUUACAUGGGCAAACAACAUCAAGCUGUGUCGUUUCUGCGAAAAGACAUCGUCGAUGUUCGAAAAAUUGAAUUUGCCAGAGCUGCUCGUUUAACUAAAUCGCAUAUUGAAUUGAUUUCCUUAACUGUUCCAAGGGUCAAGAUGGAAUAUUUCCAGGACGAUUUGUAUUCUGACGUACGAGUGUCGUGGAAAGCAACUAUGUCUGGCGAAGAGUGGUUGGAUGGUUGUGAUCGAGCACAAGAGUGGAUUUCUCUGCAACCAACAAAUAUGAAGAAAUUAAGUGAAGCACCGAAGGAAGCUCCCAAAGCAUCGAAGUAUUGCAGUCAAGAUAUUUUGUCAGAAAAGACUGACGAAGAAAAAAAAUCCGAAUUAAUAAACGCCAUGAUGGGAAAGUUGGAUGUCGAUGAUAAAUUGGAACAAGAUAACUUUGAAGGUGUCGAUGAAGACGAAUGGGACGAUUGAAUCUUCUCGAAAUUGUGACAAAGAGGAGUGGAAAUCUUAUCAUUUAUAUAUUUAUAUUUUUAGUCAUUUUGUAUGUGUACAAUCAAAAUAAUUUUAUGUUUCAGCUCAACCAUCAGAGAAACACCAAGCAUAGGUGGUCUGGUUUCCGUUUAUUUGCUUCUUAAGUUGAAUUUUCACUCAAGAGCAAAACGGAACAAGAAAAAUACUUAAAUUUGACUGGAUAUCCGCUAUUUAUUCUUUUGUUUUGUCAUUUUUUUCGUUUCUGUCUGCAAGAAAGAACAUUUCACCUUUCAGUUUCAAUCGAAAUAGCUCGUUCCUUGCAGCCUGUUUUGAUCUAUUUCAUUUCGUUUUUUAGUAGACCUCUAAAGAUGGAGCCUACAACACCUAUUGAUAGCCUAUCCAAAGACAAACUUCAGGACAAACUUUUUAACAUAAAACGCAAGCAGUGUCAAAAAAUUUUGCAAAACAUUUUUUACGGUUUCGCUACCUAGGCGAGAGUGAUAUAUAUAUAUGGGUUAUGUUUUAUAGUUGUGAAAUUAUGAUGUGAUGAGGAUUUUAUUUCAAAAACGUCGUUAAGGAGGCAUUUCAUAAAUAUGUGCGCAGUAAAACUGUUAAAUACUGUAAAACUGUAUACUUACCUUUAGCAGUCUGCCUCCCUCCCUUACCUGUGUGCAUGUUUUAGAAUACCCCCUAAAGUUCUCUGUUCCUGCAGUAUUAAGAAACUAGAAUCUGCGAUUUUUUUAAUUUUUUCAAUUGGUAUUUAUUUUUUUGGAAAAUUACAAUUUUUCAAAAACAGUGAGAGAGUCAGUGAUAUUGAUGUAAAAAGAAAAUAGAAACAAAAUACGUUCGCUGAUAAAAAAAAAUUUACCUUUUAGGGAAUAACUUAUCACCCAUUUUGGGACAACAAUUUAGGGGGCUGUUUCUAUUUCUAAUAGAGUUUUACUAGUCGUUAGCCCGUGGAAAAUCCACGGGUUCGCCCAUCCUUUUUAUACCGCAUCACGUGCGUCUCGCUACUUGCGCAGCUAAGCUACCAUUUUGCGUGACAGACAGACGUAUACGGGCAUUAUAAUAUAGAAAAAUUUUGUUUUUUAGUCAUUUUUUUAUAAACAAGUGAC